AUGGCCGAGCUCCCGUCGAAGGUGCACCUCAACUCCCACCCCAUCUGCCUGAGGAUCCGUGGGCCCUCGGUGUAUGAGGACGAUAAGAAGUGCACGUGGCUGCAUCUCGUCAUGGAGACAGGAGGUGUCCUGCAAGUACGGUUGCGCCAGGAAAAAAUCCCCAGUGGGCAUAUCGCACUCACCAUCAGGCCAGAGACAUCCAGCUCCAUGCCUUCGUGGUGGACGCUCCAUCUUGGCAGACGGUACCUGGACUCCAUGGGCCAGUUCUGGCGCAUCGUACACUUCAUCAAGGAGGAUGGAGUGGAGGAAAUGAUGCUUGAGCUGAUAAACAACUCCUAG